AUGAAUUUAAACAACAUUCCAGUACCUAAACUUCUGAGUUUGGAAGGAAACAAGGCAGAAAGCUGGCGUAAAUGGCUGCAAAGUUAUAAAUUUUAUAUGAAGAGUGUCGAACAGGACCAAAAGGGUGAAGCCAUACAGUGUGCUACUUUUUUGACAAUAGCUGGUCAAAGGGCUAUAGAGGUGUUUAAUACAUUCACUUUCACUGAUGCAGAAACUGACAAGAUUGAGCCACUGAUAACAAAGUUUAAAGACCACUGUGCCCAAGCCAAGAAUCUAACAGUGGAGAGAAGUAUUUUCUUUGCCAGAAAACAACAACCAGGAGAAACAAUUGACACAGUUAAUAAACACUCAGAUGUCAGAAGAAAAUGGAGAGAUAAUUCAACAAAGUUUGAUAACAGUAAACAGAGAAAUUUAAUAAAGUUCAACAUAGUCAAGGUCAAACCGCACCCUCGUUUAGAAAUUAUAGAGAUUUGGGACAGAAAUCUCAGAAUAGAGGACCUAUGUGCAAUAGAUGUGGUUAUCGUCAUGAUUUUAAAGGUCAUUGUUCAGCUAAAGGAGACAUGUUAUAAAUGUAAUGGUGUAGAUCAUUUUGCUAGGUGUUGUCGUAGUAAAUCUUCAAAGGUACGAAAGAUAUGA